AUGGAUGAGGAAAUAUGGACCGGAAGCCAAGGGACGCUAUCUGUAUAUGUUAGUAAAGCUAGAGACCUGCCUAAUCUGAUCAAACUAGACAAGCAAAAUGUUAUGCUACGUUUACGAAUUGGGCAUAUGACGAGAGAGAGUGAUACACUUUAUCGAGCCGGCCAGAAUCCUGUAUUCGAUUACCUUGAGAGAUUUGAUAUUACUCCGGAGGUGAAGCCAAUUAUGUACGUGGAGGUAUAUUGUGAUAGGAAAAAGAAAGGGCCGCUCCCCAUUGGGAAAUGUGAGAUUGAUUUAUUGAAUGGAAUCAGAGCUGAUCCAAAGGAAGGUUAUUGUACUUGGUAUGAAUUGAAACGAGAUCGGGAUGAGUUUGCGGGUACAAUUUUCAUUGAAUUAACUUUUGUAGCGAAAAUGUCGCAUACACCAAAGGAAAAAAUGAGUCGAAGUGUAGAGAGGCUGGAUAUGUCUAUGGCAAGCCGACCAGUCCCUCCUUUGCCUAGUGAUAUCCCUCCGUUGCCUAAACUACCGACAACAAGCCCACAAGAAUCAUAUAUACACGGUUCCGAGGUGCGACAAUUUACGCCAUCAAUAAGAAAUUUGUAUUCGAAUUCCAGAACAUAUUCCACUACUUCAUCAGCUUCAAGUAAUGGGAAUGAUGUGAUUAGAUCUCCGCCAAAUUUUAUGUCGUCGAUAGCUACAAGUGAUACUGUGCUAACUGAUGCAACAAAUACUACUUCCGUAACGACAUCAUCUGAUACAAAGUUCCAUUUUGCAAACUUAAGAAAGUUGAAGGAAAAGAUUAAUAUAUUCAGAAAUCCAAACAAUUUAGUUACAGACGAAAAUACGGGAAAUCCUGUUGAUAUAGAAGCGUUACAGAAAGCAAUCGGUGUGACGACAAUCCAUGAUGAGGAUGACGAGGAAGAUAUAACACAAAAUGAUGUCAGUCGCCAAACAUCUGCUUCUACUUCACCAACUCGAUUAAACUCCUCUUGGGACGGUAGUAAAUUAAGUACACAACCACCUUUACCACCGUUACCGGAUAUGGCGUCUAUUUCACCCUCUUCAAGAAGAACGUCAUCCCCGCGAAUACAAGGCUUCCAUACCCAAAGCCCAACUAGAUACUCCUCAAAUUCAACGCAAGCAUCACCAAAGUUACCUGUCCUACCAAAUUCCCCUGGAAGCGUAAGGCGGAACUCCCACUCUCCAUUGAGGCGUAGAGUACCACCUAGAAUAUGA